AUGUCUGAAGAGUUUCCUACACCUCAAUUGAUCGAUGAUUUGGAGAUUCGUCCAGACCAUGAUAAGACGAGAGUAGCUAAGGAUCUGUUAGCUGGUACUGCAGGCGGUAUCGCGCAAGUUCUUGUAGGCCAGCCCUUUGAUACUACUAAGGUCAGGAUUCAAACUUCCACUACACCAACUACUGCUAAGGAAGUUGUAGGAAAUCUUUUGAAGAAAGAGGGGCCUUUGGCCUUUUACAAGGGUACUUUGACACCGUUAAUAGGUGUAGGGGCCUGUGUAUCAUUUCAAUUCGGUGUUAACGAAGCUAUGAAAAGAUAUUUCCAUCAUAAAAACCCUAAGGGCGUCCAUACUUUGACACUUCCGCAAUACUAUGCCUGUGGUUUCAUCGGUGGCUUGAGUAAUUCCUUCCUAGCUUCGCCCAUUGAACAUGUAAGAAUACGUUUACAGACCCAAACUGGAUCAGGGACCAGUGCUGUUUACAAGGGUCCCUGGGAUUUAAUUAAAAAGUUGAAAGCCAAAGGCGCACUCAUGCGUGGACUGGGUACAACUGCCAUUAGAGAGAGUCACGGAUGUGGUAUUUAUUUCUUAACUUAUGAAGCCUUGAUAGCACAUCAAAUUCAUAAAGGUGUACCAAGGAAAGAGAUUCCAGCUUGGAAAUUGUGCACUUAUGGUGCAAUUUCAGGUACUUCGCUUUGGCUAAUGGUUUUCCCUAUGGACGUUAUUAAAUCUGUUAUGCAGACAGAUAAUUUGGAUAAUCCAAAAUUUGGUAGAAAUACGGUUGCAGUGGCAAGAAAUAUGUAUAAAGAAUAUGGAAUUAAGUCUUUUUUCAAAGGUUUUGGUCCCAUCAUGGUAAGAGCUGCCCCCGCCAACGCAGCUACCUUUGCCACAUUUGAAAUGACAAUGAGAUUACUUGGUUAG